AUGUCGCCUCGUCUUUUCGGGCAGCUGGCUCAUAUUCCCUUUCGCUCCAUCCGGAGCCCUCGUUCCGCCGUCCAUGGUCAUGUCCCCGUUCGCACUUUCGGUAUCCGCUCAUUGAACCCCCCGAAGACCUCCCGCUUCGAUAUCGGUCCGGGUCUACCUGUUUUGAAGUCGACUCCCACGGCGGCCUUGGAGCGCAAGGCUAACACGCUUCCCCUGCGCACUGGUGCGAUUGCGAUCAAGAAAGGAAUGACCGGUCUGUACGACGCGACAUCCGGGAAACGUAUCGCUUGCACCGUCCUCCAACUAGAUCGAGUUGAGGUUGUUUCGCACAAGACGCUAGAGAAGCAUGGUUACUUUGCCGUCCAGAUGGGCGCUGGCUGGAGGAGGCCUGCCAACCUGACCAAAUCGCUAUUGGGUCACUUCUCUGCCAACGGGAUCUCGCCGAAGCGCCACAUAUACGAGUUCCGGGUGAAGGAUGAGAGAGGCCUCUUGCCUGUCGGAAAAUUGGUCAACGCCGACUGGUUCAAGGUGGGCCAGUAUGUUGAUGCGCGAUCAAACUCCAAGGGAAAGGGGUUUGCCGGUGUGAUGAAGAGACAUGGUUUUGGAGGUCAAGAUCGCAGUCACGGUGUCAGUUUGACGCACCGUUCGCUUGGUUCCGCAGGUCCCAGUCAGGGCGGUGGCUCCCGUGUUUACCCCGGCAAGAAGAUGGCGGGAAAUAUGGGAAAUGAGCAGAACACAGUGCAGAAUCUUAAGAUACUUCAAGUGGAUCAGAAGAGUGGAAUUGUCGUGGUUAAUGGUUCCAUCAGUGGCCCCAAAGGUUGCGUUGUCAGAAUACAGGAUGCUUUGAAAAAGCCUUGGCCGAAAGUCAAGCUGGUCUCUAAAUCAUCUUGA